ACUCAAAUCUCCAAUCCCCACCUCUCCUCUCUCUCUCUCUCUCUCUCUCUCUCCAUACACACACUUCAACAAAAAAAACCGAAAAAACAUUGCCAAACCCAACAACAUCAGUUUUAGCAGAAGUUCCCCCCCAGCAGGCUUCGUUCCCUCCAACGCACUCAUCUCUGUUCCCCCCAUCAAUCAUCAUCUGGAUCUGCAUUCCCGCUACUGCCCAAUGGAUCCCUCGGGCAACAUGGCGUUCCCGUUUUCAAUUUCGUGUCUUUUUGCGGCGAAACGAGACUGGCGAUGGGAGUGAGAAACGUUGAGCGGUACGAAACGAUGACGAGAACGGCCGACACGAGAGAGGACGAGGACGAGGAAGAGCAUUUCUUCGAGUCCCUCGAUCGAAUCACCUCCUCGUCUUCUUGCUCUUGCUCCAACUCCGAUGACGAACCGGAAGACCCGAAUCCUGAUUCCAAUUUUGCAUCUUUGAAGUCGUUGCGUGUACCCAAAUUCCCAAAGACUGUGGCCAAGUACGACGUUUGGAUCUCCGAACCGUCCUCGGUGCGCGAGCGUCGGUCGCGGCUUCUUCAGGAAAUGGGUCUCGGCGCUGACCCGUCUCUUUCGCGGGCAGGAAACGAUAAAGGCGCUGGUCAAGUGGACUUUGCGAGGUCAGUGUCAUCGCAUUGCUUGAGGGCUCAAGAGAACGGUGGCAAUUCCGUGUUCUGUCGGUCCAAGUCAGAGGCUUCCUCGGACCGCAACGCUGCGUCGGGUGACCAUUGUAAUGUAAAUCCUACGCACCAUCGUGUUGGUUCUGAUUCUUUUGUCGCUGUCGAUAAUGUUAGUCCGUUUGUAAAUAUUGAUCAUGAUGUUGUCCAACCACGCCCCGGCAAGGGAACUGGAUCUCCAGUUGCCAGCGCCAUUUCGCCCAACAAGCCGCCAAUAGCAAAAUAUUGUAGGAAGAUGGAUGAGCUAAAGUGCGAUUCUGUGAGCUCUGCUGUUGGGUUGACUGGUAACUCAAUGAUUGCUUUCAGGGGUGGUGUUGUGGCGUGUAAUAGUAAUGCUGAUGAUGGAAUUGUUUGCACAAUCAAGAAUCUUGACAAUGGGAAAGAAUUCGUAGUGAAUGAAUUUAGAGAAGACGGCUCGUGGAAUAAGCUAAAGGAAGUCGGGACUGGGCGGCAAUUGACCCUAGAGGAGUUUGAAAUGACCGUCGGGCAUUCCCCAAUUGUUCAAGAACUGAUGAGGAGACAGAAUGUGGAAGAGGGCCACAAAGAUUUCUCCGAUUUGAGCUUGAAUCGGGGUAAUGGUGUUGGGUCAAAGUUGAAGACGAAAGGUAGUUGGCUUAAAAGUAUAAGGACAGUGGCAAGCACGGUGGUAGGGGGUCACAGAGAGAGGCGAAGUAGUGAUGAGAAGGAUACUGCGUCGGAGAAAGGUGGACGGAGGUCCAGCUCAGCAACAGAUGAUAGCCAGGAUGCCUCAUUUCAUGGGCCGGAGAGGGUUAGGGUCAGGCAGUAUGGAAAAUCUUGUAAAGAACUCACGGCACUUUACAAGAGCCAGGAGAUACACGCUCAUAACGGGUCGAUUUGGAGUAUCAAAUUCAGUUUGGAUGGGAGGUAUCUUGCAAGUGCUGGUGAGGACCGCGUAAUUCAUAUUUGGAGAGUAUCAGAGUCUGAGAGGAAGGGGGAGUUGGUGGAAAAACCAGAAGAGGGCAAUUUUAGUCUUUUAUUUACCGCUACUGGUUCGCCAGAGCGAACCACGCUGUCUCCUACUGUGGAUAAUUACCUGGAAAGGAAGAGAAGGGGGAGAUCAUCAGUAAGCCGGAAAUCAGUAAACGUGGACCAUAUGCUGGUUCCGGAGACUAUGUUUUCACUCACGGAAAAACCUAUUUGUUCAUUUCGAGGACAUUUGGAUGACGUGCUUGACCUGUCGUGGUCGAAGUCCCAGCACUUGCUCUCUUCAUCAAUGGAUAAGACAGUGCGGUUGUGGCACUUAUGUAGCAAGUCUUGCUUGAAAGUCUUUUCGCAUAGUGACUACGUAACCUGCAUCCAGUUUAAUCCUGUUGAUGAUAGAUACUUCAUUAGUGGAUCCCUAGAUGCUAAGGUUCGGAUAUGGAGCAUUCCGGAUCACCAAGUCGUUGAUUGGAAUGAUCUUCAUGAGAUGGUUACUGCGGCUUGCUACACACCAGAUGGUCAGGGUGCAUUAGUUGGUUCAUACAAAGGAAGCUGCCAUUUGUAUGAUAUUUCUGAUAACAAACUGCAACAAAGGAGUCAUAUCAAUCUGCAGAAUAAGAAGAAGAAGUCUCAAUACAAGAAAAUCACUGGUUUUCAGUUUGCUCUGGGAAGUUCGUCUGAAGUGCUUAUCACAUCUGCAGAUUCACGAAUACGGGUGGUAGAUGGAGUUGAUUUGGUUCAUAAGUUCAAGGGAUUUCGAAAUACCAACAGCCAAAUUUCAGCCUUGCUCACAGCUAAUGAUAAAUACAUCGUCUCGGCCAGUGAGGAUUCUUAUGUGUACGUGUGGAAACAUGAAGCUGACUCGAGACCCAGCAAAAGCAAAGGUAUCACUGUCACGCGGUCAUACGAGCACUUCCAUUGUCAAGAUGUGUCAGUGGCUAUACCUUGGCCCGGCAUGGGUGAUGCAUGGGGAUUGAGUCACACUUGGUCACUUGAACAAGAUAUGCCUUUAACUAACACUGCCAUGGCAUCAACCGUCAAUCAUCCUCCUACACCUGUUGAGGAGAUACGUUGUAACGAGGCCUCAAAUUCGGCAUCUGGAUGCAGCAACAGCGCACUCCAUGGAACUCUAUCAAGUGCAACCAACAAUUACUUCCUCCAUCGGCUGUCAGGCUCUUGUUCAGGGGAAAGACUUACCUUAGGCGCUGGGAGCCACAGCCCUCGUGUCAGAGUGGAUUUCUCCAAUGGGAUGAAUGAAAGCAUGUCAGCAUGGGGCCUCGUGAUUGUGACUGCUAGCCUUAGGGGUGAACUCAGGACAUUUCAGAACUUCGGGUUCCCGCUCGGUAUUUAAGGUAUGAAAGGAAUAAGAGAAUGAGGAAUUGAGAAUGGUCUGGGAAAAAUAGAUUUGAUUAAUUGCUGAUGCAUUUUGUUUUACCCUUAGCUGUUAGUGUGAAUAGGGGGAUAGAGGGUGGGAUUUGUAAUUUUUUUGGCGAUGUUAUGUUUUCCCCUUGUGCUCAUGCUCAUCAGAUAUAGAAUGUGAACUGCUAAUAUUCUGAUUGGGCAUUGAGAAAUGAAAUGUAGAUUUGAUCAGAAGUGUGGAAGAAAAGAAAAGCAAAAAAUAAAAAUAAAAGAUACACAGGAAAAUAGAAACUACUGAGUUUCUGCAUUCAAGAAAUGUAGAGUCAGGAGCAUCGAAGACGCAUAUUGGAUUUGUCAAUGAAAAUUUCUUUUUGUUGCA